AUGCAAUCAAGUCAGCAAUAUCAGGCAAAUAUACAACAAUCGAAUGCUCCACAAGCGAAUGCUCAUCAUGCGAGCCAAAGCAAUCAGUUUAAUCGAGACAUCAAUUCGAACACUAUCGCAACAUCUAGAACGGCACUACUAGCAACAGCAAUAGUUAACGUGGAAACAACUGACGGAAAAGUGAUUAUUGCUAGAGCACUCAUCGAUGAAGGAUCUAAUGGCUCUCUCAUCAAAUUGCAAUUGGCAAGGCAAUUAGGUAUUCUGCAGGCACCACAGAAUAUACCAAUCAAGGGAGUAGGAGGAAUGAUAGUACAAGAAAGCACGUCGGUUGUAAGGUUCAUAGUCUCUUCACGCGUCGACACGAAGUUUAAAGUUGAAGUAGAAGCAUUCACAAUAAAGAAUGUCUCGGCAGAUCUACCUUCAACGCAAAUUCAACGCAAAGAUUGGCCACAUUUGAAUGGACUCAAGCUAGCCGAUGAAUUCUACGAUAAAUCGUCGUCAAUUGACAUUCUGUUAGGAAUUGAAGUGUACGAAGAAAUUAUACUGGAUGGAAUCAUUCGGAAAAUCGACAAUUCACCUACUGCUAUGAAUUCAAGACUUGGAUGGUUGAUGUUUGGCAAAGUGAAAGUAGAAGAUGUCGUGCCGCAGAUUAAUAGCUUACACACCGUUAUACACAACGAAAACUUGAACGAUAUUUUAAAAUCAUUCUGGGAAAUGGAAGAGGUACCGCAACAACGGAAAUACACAGUAAAGGAACAACAAGCAGAAAUUAUGAAGGAAUCAAGUCUAACAACCAAACUGAGAGUUGUCUUCAAUGCAUCGAAAAAGUCAACGAAUGGAAUAUCGCUGAAUGACAAAUUGUUAGUGGGACCGAAAACACAGGAUGACCUGUACGAUAUAUUAAUACGAUGGAGAACGCACUACGUCACAUUCAUAGCAGACAUAGAGAAGAUGUUUAGACAAAUUAAACUGGCACCACAUCAACGGGAUUACCAAAGAAUUCUAUGGAGAUUCUCACCAAAUGAACCAAUUCUGGAAUACCGUAUUACAACAGUAAUUGAUGGUACAGCAUCGGCUUCGUUUCUAGCAACUCGAACACUAAAUCAAUUAGCAACAGACGAAGAACCGAAUUAUCCUCUAGCAGCUCAAGUCACAAGAAGGGAUUUCUAUAUGGAUGAUGUUUCGUCAGGCAGUCAUGAUGUACAGUCAGCGAUUAAACUACAAAACGAAUUAAUUGCAAUGCUGAAAGGAGGUGGUUUUCUUCUAAGAAAAUGGUAUUCGAAUAAACGAGAAAUUUUAGAGAACGUACCCAUUGAAAAUCGUCACGACGCAGAAGCUAUAGUGGAACUAGUUGAUACAAGCAUUAAAACUCUAGGAGUAUAUUGGAACCAGAAAACUGAUUGUUUUCAAUUCAAGGUUACAUUGAGCAAACUCAAGCCCACCGUCACUAAAAGAGAAGUUCUAUCAGACAUCGCGAAGCUUUUUGAUCCAAUUGGAUGGUUAUCACCAUCGACAGUAAUAGCAAAGAUAUUCAUGCAAUCUUUGUGGACUAUUAAAGGCUUAGAUUGGGAUAAUAAUCUACCAAAGGACAAAUAUGAUGAAUGGAUGUUAUUCAGAAGUAAUUUGGCAUCUCUAGAACAAGUCAAGCUAGAAAGAUGGCUCGGAACAAGCAAAACUUGUAAAGUGGAACUGUACGGCUUUUCCGAUGCAUCGAUUAAAGCAUACGCAGCAGUAGUUUACAGCAGAGUUGAAUAUGAAGAUGGAACAGUAAAGGUCAGCAUAAUUAGUGGCAAAACGAAAGUAGCACCGAUUAAAGUCAUAUCUACACCGAAAUUGGAGCUAUGUGGUUGUGUACUGUUAGCAAAUCUAGUCAACAAAGUGAAGAAAUCAUUAAGUUUUGAAGAUGUUGACACAUACCUAUACUCGGAUUCAACAAUUUGUCUUGCGUGGAUCACGUCACAUCCAAAUCACUGGAACGUCUUCGUAGCGAAUAGAAUAACAGAAAUUCAACAGCUAUCGCAAGUAAAGUCAUGGGGAUUCGUCGACACUAACAAUAAUCCAGCUGAUUGUGCAACAAGAGGAGUAGAACCACAAAAUUUAAAUGAUCAUGAAUUGUGGUGGAAAGGACCAGGAUGGAUGAUGAAUGAUAAAACUAACAGACCGAAUCAACAAACUGGACAUUACGAAACGGAUGAAGAAAGGAAAAAUGCUAUUCAUACAAUGCAUGUCAGAGUGCAGAAUACUGAUCUUCACAUGACAUUUGUCUUAAGAUGGUUGCCAAGUUAUAAGGACAAACCAAAAUCUAAUACACCGAAAGCGAACGAAUAUCGAGCAGCAUUAAAAUCUUGGAUUAAGUGUACACAAGCAGAAUGUUUUGAGACUGAAAUUGAAUUGUGUUUGUUCGGGGAUGAACUACCGCGAAAAAGCAAAUUGUUGCCAUUGAGACCCUUUCUUGAUAGUGAUGGUAUUCUCAGAGUUGGGGGAAGGCUGUCAAAUUCCGAUUUACCGUUUGAGUCGAAGCAUCCGAUUAUAUUGCCUAAAAGACAUCAUCUUACGAAGUUGCUAAUUGAGCAAGCACAUGAUCUCACAUUGCAUGGUGGUCCAAGUUUGAUGUCAGCAUUCCUCAACAAAUUUUGGAUUUUUGGACGGUCACAACAGAUACGUAAAGUCGUCAGCAGUUGCAUAAAAUGUUAUCCGUUCAAUUGUAAACCACAACAACAAGUCAUGGUAGAUUUACCUAGAAAUCGUGUAACUCCCAAUCGAGUAUUUUCACAUUCCGGCGUAGACUUCGCUGGACCAGUAACAGUUAAGAAUUUCAUUGGAAGGUCUAGAGGGAAAUACGCGAACAUCGAAACAAAGUCAUACAUUGCGAUUUUCGUAUGUCUUGCAACAAAAGCUAUCCACAUCGAAUUCGUCAGCGAUAUGACGUCUGUGAAAUUCAUCGAAGCAUUUAAACGAUUUGUGGCUAGAAGGGGACAAGUCACUGAUUUGUACAGCGAUAACGGAACUAACUUUGUAGGAGCAGACAACAUCCUACGAGAACACAUGGCAGAACUAAACAAAGACCCAACGAUUCAAAAUUACUUUGCUAGACAAGGAACCACUUGGCAUUUCAAUCCGCCCGCAAGCCCUCACCAUGGUGGUCUUUGGGAAGCUGGGGUGAAAUCGAUAAAAUAUCAUCUGAAAAGAGUUGUCGGUGAUUAUACGUUCACCUUUGAAGAAAUGUGUACCAUUCUGUGUCAAAUUGAAGCCUGUUUAAAUUCUCGCCCAUUAUGUUCAAUUAGCGACGAUUUAAAUGAUUUGAACUAUCUAACACCCGGUCAUUUCAUUUUAGGAGAGGCUCCAACCACUGUUCCCGAACCUUGCUUAAUCGAUGACAAUAUCAGUCGUCUCAAACGUUGGAAGUUGGUCCAAAGAAUGUAUCAGCAGUUUUGGAAUUAUUGGUCCAAAGAUUACCUAUCAAAGCUACAACAAAGACCGAAGUGGGAAGAACAACAACAAAACAUAAAAGUUGGUCAACUCGCACUUUAUCGUGAAGACAAUUUACCACCCACGAAAUGGCCGUUAGCAAAAAUUAUAGAAAUUCAUCCAGGCAACGAUAAUAAUACUAGAGUAAUCACGCUGAAGACAUCGGGAGGUAAAACAUUCAAACGCACGAUUAAUAAGGUCUCAAUAUUGCCAAUAGAAUAAUUGUUGAAUUAACGUAAAAUUUAAUUAAGUUGUUGGUAUGCAGGUUUUAAUGGCUCACAAGCAAAUUAGAUACCUUUUUCCUGCAUUUUGUAAAAGUUUUUUAGCCCCGUACGAAGUACGAAGGGGCUUAUAGGAUUACGAUGCCGUGUGUAAUU